AAACACAGCGAAGAAGAGAAAUACGUGCCUCCGCAUUGUUGUCGUGCGCUGGGGACUGGGAAAGACGCGGAGGACCGCUUACAGUAAGGGAAAGGGCGUCCUACGAGCAGAUAUGGACGCGGCGCUGUACCUGGUGGCUGCUGCUCUCCUCGCUGUCCUGAUUUUGUUUGUGCUGAAGGUGCGGAGGAAGACGCAGGAAGCGGAUGAGGAGCAGCGGCGGGAUGUGGUCCGGGCGGCACGGCCCCCUCAGCAGGCAGCGGAGGAGCGAGGAGCUGGUAUGCCUCGCAGGAGGAGGAACCUCGCCGCGGUGAUGGCGAACAGACGACCGCAGAGAGAAGCUGUGGAACAUGAGGAGGAACAUGUGGAGGAAGAAGAGCUGGAGCAGCAGGACUUCCAGCCGACGGCAAAAGUUGGAGCCAAGAAGCAGAAGAAGCUGGAGGAGAAGCAGGCCAAGAAAGCCCAGCGAGAGGCGGAGAUGGAGGAGAGGGAGGAGAGGAAGAGGAUGCAGGAGCUCCGAGAGCAUGAGAGACGGCAGGAGGAGGAGAGAGAACGACUGCUGGAACAGAAACAGGAGGAGGAGGAGCGUCGCGCCAAAGAGGAGCAGGAGAGACGGGAAGAGGAGGAGUACUUAAGACUCAAAGCUUCCUUCACCAUAGAAGACCAGGGAGAGGAGGAACAGCUCUCUGAGGACCAGUCACACAACCGGCUUCAAGAAUUCAUCCAGUACAUUGAGAGCUCUAAGGUGGUUCUCUUGGAGGACUUGGCUUCUCAUUUUGGGAUGAGGACUCAGGACGCUAUCGCCAGACUUCAGGACCUGUUGGCCGAAGGCUCCCUCACAGGAGUGAUUGACGACAGAGGGAAAUUCAUCUCCAUCACUCCGGAAGAGCUGGACUCGGUGGUUCGUUUCAUCAGACAGAGAGGCAGAGUCUCCAUCACAGAGCUGGCUCAGGCCAGUAACUCGCUGAUCAAUCUGAUGCCCGAGAGCCGCAGCGCCGCCUGAUGGACCCCGGACCGCUGCAGGACAGCUCCACGAGAGUCCGCAUGAGACUGCUGAAGAAUGACCUGACCCCAGAUCUCCGUGACGACCAAGCUCGGCUGUCGGUGAAAAGCACGUACUGCGCUACGCCAAUCAUUUGCUAUUUGCUGGCCGGUGGUGCCUGAAGUUUUUAUCUGUUGUACUUCAGGUACGGAGCAGACCAUGGCUCAAUGCCCUUCAUGCACUAGCAGUUCUCAGACUUCAGAUAGACUAGGACUUAUGUUUGAUUCAACUAAGAGUUGAAAUAAACUUAUAGUAACACACUAUAUACAGUGUAAGACAUUAACAAACCCAUCAACAUGAAAAAAUACAAUUGGAGAUUCCUGUUUUUGUUCCAUCUAUUCUGAGUUUGGUCUCGUUUAGUGUAACAUAACUUUUAUGGUGAUUGUCAUAAUUAAAAUGAUCUUUCUACAAGA